GAAAAUUGUUUUGUCUUUAUUAUUUAUUAGCUGUGUAUGAAUGAAAUGAUUUCGUUGUGAGGCACAAGUCAUGAUAUAUUUGAAAAUGUAGAAAUUAGUCAUUUCUUGUCAAAGCUUUAUCAUAAUGUAUUUAGGGUCAGAGGGGGUCAAAUUGCCAAAAAUAUGGCGCCGAGAAGAUGUGGAAUAGGCACUUGGAAUGUUUUGCUCAAGAUUUAAUUGUUUCGCUUGGAUAUUGUUGAUCGUGAUGUAUGAAAGUUAAAUCAUUGUGAGAUAUUACGACUAUUCUGUGAUUCGCUGGUGGUCAGAGAUUUCAGAAUUACGACCUGGAAUCCAAAGCAAGGUGCAGAGAUAUCUUUUACUGAUUCUUUAUCGCAAGUUGACUGGGGACUGGUGAGACCGAGAGAGCAGCUGGCUAUAAUAGUUCAGCUCAGUAGCUGUGUUGGAAAACUGAGGCUAGUGUACAGUUCCCAACUUCCCACUGUAACAACCACGACACAGAAUGGAUUUGAUCAAGCAGAAGAAUUGCUUCAAGACCCCUGUAACAGGUCCAAUGCUAGAUCUCAGCUCCAGCAAAGGGAGGGUGGACGAUGAACAGGAAGUGCCCAGCAGCCCACAAGGAAAUGAACCUUCAUCUCCAGACCUGGCCGACUUAGGGCUACCAGCCUCUCCUACUGGAACCAGUACUGUGACAGAAGACAUGCUGGAAGAAAAGAGCCAGAAGUUAGAUGAUAAAGAGGAAAAAGAUGCUGCAAAGGAUUCAAGAGUCAGCAAUCAAAAGACAGGAAAAGUGGCAUCAUCACUAAAUCAGGAAGAGUGGGAGGACUUGUUCACAGCUGUUCUCAGCAAGCCUCCAGAAGAUCCUGCCAAGGAGGCUAACCCAGUAGACAUCACCUCAAUAGAUGACUUCGAAUGUCUAGCAGUGGAUGCCAAAAAAGUGGUUGAAGGAGAAGGAUCAGACAACUGGAAAAAAGAGCAUGGUGAAACAGAGGAGCAGGGCUAUGAUGGGAAAGACUAUCCUGACAAGACCCCUGCUACGUCAGAACACACCACCCCCAAGUGCCACACGCCCCAGAAACCCACCAAGCCAAGAAGUAAGAAAAGGAAGCUACACCCUAAGCAGCUGGUGUACUCUGACAAGGCACCAGAGGGGACUGAGAACCCUGAGACGAGCAUGACGACUAAGAAGAAGAAACAGCCGAAGUCUUCCAGCAAAAAGAGCAUCUAUGAAUUUACAGAUGAGACAAGGCCAUCAUCCCCUGCCAUCUCCUCUACCCGUAAACCAAAGAAACAGGGCAAGAAAAGGAUGUCAAAGAGGAAACAUUUUCUGUCUCGUGAGAUCGAGGAACAGGGGACCUGGGUGCAGUGCACUGCAGACAAGUGUAACAAGUGGCGCUACCUGGCCGAUGUGACCGAUCCUACCACCGUGCCAGACAAGUGGACAUGUUCUAUGAACCCAGAUGAAGAGUACAACAGCUGUGAAAAGACAGAAGCUGACUGGAGUAAACUGGAGUUUGUGGACACCUGUUAUGUGGAGGGGUCUUUGGUUUGGGCCAAGAUGCCUGGAUACCCAUGGUGGCCAGGGAUGGUAGAAGAGGACCCAGAUGACCAAGCAUACUAUGAGACAGACAGCAAGCAGAAACCUGUGCGCUACCAUGUCGUCUUCUUUGGAAAGACGGUGUCCCGUGCCUGGAUACCGGAGAGAUCAGUGCGCCCCUUUACCCAGGAGAAUGACGUUGAUCACCUGGGGUCAUUGGUAGUUGACGGCAAGAACUACCGAAAGCGUGUGAAGUGUGCUUUGACAAUGGCUAGACAGGCCGUUGUGUUAUCCAUAAAGAAGAGACUGCAAACCUUUGGAUUUGGUCAGCGGUUCCAAGGACACUGGGGAAGGCAAGAAGUCAGCUCGGAUGAAGAUGAAAAAGAACCUGCUAAGAAAACAGCACGGAAAAGUUCCCCACAGGUAGAAGCACAGCUCCCAUCACCUGAUGACCUUUCAGACAGCGGAAGUGUGGAAGAUCUGAUGGAACAGGCAGAGAAGGUUUUGGGCAAUGCAGAGUCUUUCCUCAGUUCAGUGCAGAAGAAAGAUGAAAAAGAGAAUGAUGACCAAAGUGAUGAAGAGUUCGAGUACUCCCCUGGCAAGGUCAUGAAGAUUUCAGAUGCACCACCUGUCCUGAAGAAAGAGAAGAAGCAGCCUAAAGAACCAAAAUUAGGUAACAAAAGAAAAGAGAAGAAAUCAAAUGAAAAUGAAGUGCCGAAAAAGAAAAAGAAGACCUCUCUUUCAGAGGAAGAUGGGAAGAAGACUAAAAUUUCCUUAGAGGAUAAGGAAGGCUGCCAAGAUGUAGCAGGACCCAAGAAAGCUCCUGCAUUCAAACCAAAGAUGAAGAAGUCUAAACCUACGGUAUCUCAGAAGGAGAACAAUGUCAGUAACAAUGAUAAAGACGUUACAGGCAACAAUGAAAAUGAGAUAAAACCCAAGACCAAAGGCAAGCAUGCAGCAUCUGCCCCCAAAGCAAAGAAGCCCAGCUUCAAGCCGCCAAGGCCAAAGACGACGACACCUGCCAUUCCUCUCUCUAAAGAUAAAACGGACAGCAAGGCAGCCAAGCCCAAAUGUGAGCCUCCCAUCCCCUUCGACAGUGAAGUCUUCACCAUGGAAAUGGAUUCACAGGAAAAAAGCUGUAACAAGCAUCAAGACACUGGCGAUCAGCAUCCCUUUCAGACAACGAAGAAAGCUACAGAUGAAGCAUACACACCUCAGAGAAGUCACAGUGAUGACAUGCCACACAGUGUUCCAGAGGUGUCCAAUGUAGAUGGUGCUGAUGAUUUUCACAGUGCCCCUACCAGUCCUUCAAUUGACCAACCAGAUCAAGCUGCUCCUGAAAAUGUCUGUCCUUCAAGUCCAGGGAUGGACAUGCCUGAAGAAGAUGUGGACCCAGCUGUAUUUGACAGCUGCGUUCCUUCCAGCCCUGCUAUGGACUUUGACGAACACCUGGAAGACAGAAGCGCACCUGUAAGCCCGCUGAUGGAUUUACAGGAGCGGGAUUCUGACUGCCAUGAUGCAAGUUGCCUUCCUGUCCAUGGUGCUGAAGACACCUUCAGUGACAACUCACAACCGUUUGACUUGGAAGAAUAAGCUGUUAAAAUGGAUCAAGUAGAGUACAAUGUCAUAUGCACAAACACGAAUGCUGUUCAGUUAUCUUAUUUAAUUCAAUUUGAAAAUGUUACUUCACAGGUUGCCUGUUUAUAUAGUGUUUAAUAUUACCAGAUGCCUUAAAAAAAGAACAAGUUAUACUUAUAGUUGCUGGUUUAAUUAUUGAAUAAUCUCAAUUUACACAUGAACUAAAUGUAAGCUUUGAUGCAUGGAAAAUUCUAUUCUGUAAAAUGCAUUUGUUAGGAAAUGUUAUGCAAAAUUGACUUACAUUUAGUAGAGGUCUUAAUACCAACUGUUGCCUUGUUAGGUUAUUUCCUUAGCCUCUGCCAUGAAUUACCUUAAAGCCAUGAGUGUUGCAACAUUUGUUAAAUCACUUUGUUCCUUUAAAGAUACGUGUAUUUCUAGAAUUGAGUUGUCUUUGUAAGCAGUUUCCUGUUAAUAUUACACUAAUAGUAAAUGGUACUACUGACUAUUGUGUAUAUAAUACUAUGAUAAUGUAUAUUACUAAUUGGUUCAUGGUUGUAGUAUUUGUAUUUCCAAAAUACUCUCUGGAAAAUUGCACAAAAGAAGAAUUACAUAAUAUUGUUCUAAUUCUGUGCUGUGUUACAAACACUAAAGUCUUAGACAGUUAUUGCAUUAUGUAGGAAAUUCUAUACACCAGAAAAUCUAUAGUCUGUUGUUGUUAUAGACAUUAUAUUAAAGUUUUGCUUCAUGAAAUCUUUAUUUUUAGAGGAAAAUCUUAACAACGUUGUACAUUAAAAGUUGCUUGAAGCAGUCGCAGCAUAAGGCGUUUAGCAGCAUUGUUCAUUCGGAAACAAGCUUGGAGAGGAUUUCAAAAUAAUGAACUUGUUUAUAAGGCCUCAGGAAAACAAUGUUGUGUUUUCGGUUACACUGGUAAACACCU